UUCGUCUCUUCCACAAAACUCGUAUCGGCAGCAGCAACCAGAGAGAGUGGAGCAAAAUGGUGUCUCUGAAACUGCAGAAGCGCCUUGCGGCUAGCGUCCUCAAGUGUGGCAGAGGGAAGGUUUGGCUUGACCCCAAUGAAGUCAAUGAAAUCUCCAUGGCCAAUUCCCGUCAAAACAUAAGGAAGCUGGUUAAGGAUGGUUUCAUUAUCAGGAAACCCACAAAGAUUCACUCCCGUUCACGUGCCCGUAGGAUGAAGGAAGCCAAGAGGAAAGGACGUCACUCUGGCUAUGGUAAGCGUAAGGGUACCAGGGAGGCAAGGCUUCCAACCAAGGUUCUUUGGAUGAGGAGAAUGCGUGUUCUCAGACGCCUGCUCCGCAAGUACAGGGAAUCCAAGAAGAUUGACAAGCACAUGUACCAUGACAUGUACAUGAAGGUUAAGGGUAAUGUUUUCAAGAACAAGAGAGUGCUGAUGGAGAGCAUUCACAAGUCCAAGGCUGAGAAGGCAAGAGAGAAGACCCUGUCUGACCAGUUUGAGGCCAAGCGUGCUAAGAACAAGGCCAGCAGAGAAAGGAAGAUUGCUCGUAGGGAGGAGCGAUUGGCCCAGGGUCCUGGAGAGAAGCCUGCACCCACUCCUGCACCUGCUACAGCAUCACAGCCUGCCCAAGCAACAAAGAAAUCCAAGAAGUGAAGUCCGUAGUCUGAUUUGGGCUGAUACAAUAUUUUGUCGGACUGGUAUCAAUAGCGUCUGUUUUAAAAUAGUUUUGACGAGUUUCUGUUGGUUUAGACAUUGUUUAGUUUUCAAGUAAAUGAACUUGUUUCCGAAUUCCUUUUUUUAAGCUGAUAUUUACCGUCUUCGUAUG